AUGGCCAGUGAAAGCUCUCAAGUCAAGUUACGCUUUACUUUGCCCAUGUCAUGCCAUAUCUGUUUAGACAGGGUAAAGGAACCUGUAAUAUGUGCAAAUCAUCAUGUAUUUUGCUCACGGUGUAUUGAAGCUUGGCUUCAAUACCAUAAUUGUUGUCCAGCGUGUCGGACUGCCAUCUCUCCCGAAAGUCCUUGCAAACCAAUUUUAGGAAUAUCCGAUGAUAAUUCGUCGAAUAAAGAUGACAAAGACUUUGAGUUAACUCAAGAAUUACGUAAAGUUCGAUUCGAAAUAAUACGUAAAGAAUACGAGGAAGAAAUCGACCAGCUACGUGUAAUGCUGAAAAGCUUUCGAGAGGAAAAUAUCAAACUAGUGGAGACAAUAAAUAACUUAAAGAAACGCAAAUAUUGUAAUUGUCAACAUGCAGAUCAUUGCCAUGAUGAAGAAAUACCCUCUAAAAAGAUGCGAAUGCAGGAGGGCUAUGAUAGCCCCAAAACAAUUUGGCGUAUUGCUGAUGAAUUAAUGGUUGCUACAAAUAGUUGUAAUGAUCUUUUGAGUGAAAUGAAACAAAUUAAUGAGUCUAAUAAGAAAUUUCGCGAAGAAAAUGAAAAACUUAAGGAGGAAAUUAAUCGUUUGAGAUAUGAGCGAGCAUCACCUACCAAAACUUACAGGCAUGGAAGAUAUGUUAUGGCUGCUAUGCAGUCUAAAAUUAGUUGUUACGAAAGAGAAAUUGAGCAACUGAAGAAAGCAUUAAUGCGUAGUGAUAAGUACAUAGAAGAAUUGACAAGUAAUUAUGUAAAGGAAUUAGAAUCAGAUAAAAAUUCAGAAAGCGAUGAUAUCGCAAAGAAUUUAUUACUUAACGAUGACAAAGUAAAAGAAUCACCUAUUGCUCAGAGUUCGAAAUAUGAAAAUAAUAGCUCAACAUCUUGUGGAGUAGUGCGAUGCUUAUUUCCUGGAGAUUCAACACAAUGA